GUGUGUGUGACGUACGAACAUGGCGGCGAGCAGUUUCGGCGGGAAACAUGCCUCUCGGUCGGCGUCUAUCGUGCGUCGCGGACAUCGCAGUCCGUCAUCGUCGAGCAUCCUACGUGGCCACGACGCGUGUUUCUCGCAGAGUUUUAGUGUCACAUGAAGAAUAUAACGAAGGAUAUAAGAAGCGACAUAAAGUAAGAAGCAGCUGCGUCGGCAUCAUGGAAAUGCUCGCGACGAGGAAACUCUACAACAAUCCGUUUACGAUCUGCAUAGAGGGAAACAUCGGCAGUGGUAAAACAACGUUCCUGAAUCACUUCCAGAGCUUUAACAAUGCUACAAUUUUGCAAGAGCCGAUGGACUUGUGGCGAAAUGUUGCUGGAGUAAAUUUGUUAAAUCUUUUCUACAAGGACCCGGUGAAUUACGCCUUCCUGUUUCAAUCGUACGUUCAAUUAACCAGGCUGCAGUUACAUACUAUGGCUACACCGUCGCCCUACAAAGUUAUGGAAAGAUCCAUAUUUAGCGCAAGAUGCUUCCUAGAAAACAUGAAGCGUACGCACAUAAUACAGGAUGUGGAAGCGAUUGUUCUAGAAAAUUGGUACGAUUGGUGUAUGGAAAACACGAAUAUAAGGGCAGAUUUAAUAGUAUAUCUGAGGACAACGCCUGAAAUCGUGUUUCAAAGGAUGCAAGCACGUGCGCGCAAAGAAGAGGACUCCGUGCCGUUGGAGUAUCUGAGGCAAAUUCACGAAAUCCACGACGACUGGCUCUACAGACAGACUCUGUUUUCUUUACCGGCGCCGGUUAUGAUCGUAGACGGUGACAAAAGUCUCGAGGAAAUGGUGCCGCAAUUUGAGAAAUGUAAAGAUCGGAUACUUAACGGGCAAACUGAUGACGCGACAAGCCCUAGAAUCGUUUUAAAUACUAAAGCGUAACGCAGACUAUUUAUAUGACAAUGUGUUUAUCUGAGAAUAGAUUAAUCUUGACAUGGCCAAUUUUCAUAACGA